AUGAACAGCAAGCAUUCAGAGAAGAAGAGACAGGAAUCAGUUUGGGAGCUUCUUAAGCACAAUUGUGCAGAAAAGAAUAAACUCCUUAUGGAGAAGUAUUUUUAUAUUACAGUAAUUGCCAUUCUAGGAACAGGUGUUUGGAGCCCCACUCAAGGGAGAACUGGAGCUGAUAGAAGUAGAAGAGGGGAAGAUGAAGUUUCCCUGGCUACAGCCCCAUGGGACAAUCACAGGAACAAGGGAGGUGAUCAAGUAGAGUCCCUGGAGCCUACUGCUACCCCCCAGUGCCUUCAGCAGGGACAGAGUCCUACAGAGAUGAUGACACCAUUAGCUUAUGUGACAACGUUCACUAUUCAAUGUUCAGACACAGCCAGGAUGCCACCCGUGGCGAGGGCCAGGAAAGGACGGCGCGUGGAGCCCUGGGUUGUUGGCCUCAUCACCUUUUUAUCCCUGAUUAUCCUAGCAGUGUGCAUUGGACUCACUGUUCAUUAUGUGAGAUACAAUCAAAGGAAGACCUACAAUUACUAUAGCAUAUUGCCAUUCACCAGUGACAAACUGUAUAAUGAGUUUGGAAGAGAAGCUUCUAAAAAUUUCACAGAAAUGAGUCAAAGAAUUGAAUCAAUGGUCAAAAAUGCAUUUUAUCAAUCUCCAUUAAGGGGAGAACUUAUCAAGUCUCACAUUAUCAAGUUCAGUCAAGAGUCAGAUGGAGUUUUGGCCCAUAUGCUGCUGAUUUUUAGAUUUCCCUCUACUGAGGAUCCGGAAACCAUAAAUAAUAUUAUUGAAAAUGUUCUACACGAAAAGCUGCAAAAUGUUGCAGGACCCCCUAAUGUCGACCCUGAAUCAGUUGAAAUUAAAAAAAUCAACAAGACAGAAACAGACCACUAUCUGAACAAUUGCUGUGGGACACGAAGGAAUAAAUCUUCAACAGAAAGUCUCAGGAUUGUUGGUGGGACAGAGGUAGAGGAGGGAGAAUGGCCGUGGCAAGCCAGCCUACAGUGGGAUGGGACCCAUCGCUGUGGAGCAACUUUAAUCAAUAGUACAUGGCUUGUGAGUGCUGCUCACUGCUUUCGAAUGUAUAAAGACCCAUCCAGAUGGACUGCUUCAUUUGGAGUAACAAUACAACCUCCAAAAAUGAAAAAAGGCCUCCGGAGAAUAAUUGUCCAUGAAAAAUACAAAUACCCGUCACAUGAAUAUGAUAUUUCACUGGCAGAGCUUUCUAGUCCUGUUCCCUACACAAAUGCAGUACAUAGAAUUUGUCUCCCUGAUGCAACCCAUGAGUUCCACCCAGGGGAUGAGAUGUUUGUGACAGGAUUUGGAGUACUGCAAACUGAUGGAUACACUCAAAAUCAUCUUCGGCAAGUACAGGUCAAUCUCAUAGACUCAAAAAUCUGCAAUAAACCUCAGGUUUACAAUGGUGUCAUAACUUCUACAAUGUUAUGUGCUGGCUCCUUAAAAGGAAAAAGAGAUGCAUGUCAGGGUGACUCUGGAGGACCAUUGGUCAGUUCAGAUGCUAGAGAUAUCUGGUACCUGGCUGGAAUAGUAAGCUGGGGAGACGAAUGUGGACAACCCAAUAAACCUGGUGUUUAUACUAGAGUCACUGCCUUCCGGGACUGGAUUGCUUCCAAAACUGGUAUCUAACAGAGAAAAGUCCAGUGGAA